UUUCCAUUUUAGUAGUUUACUAAUCGCCUACUAAGCGUCAGUCAGCAACUGCUAGCGUGAAUAAAGAAAUUAUUUGCGAUGAUAAGGAGCUUCAUUCAAUUCAUUUUGUUUUUAUGCAUGGCUUCAAACGUUUUUUCCAAUCCCGAUGAAUGCAGCGCAGAUACACAUCCUUUCAUACAAAUUGGUCGAAAAUAUUAUUUCAUAAAUACUGCCGUACAGAUGAAUUGGUUUGCGGCUGCGCAUCUAUGCCGCAGCUAUGACAGUGAUUUGGUUACAGUCGAAUCGGAUGCUGAAAUGGAUGAUUUAUCCUCCUAUUUAACCACAAAUGGUCAUACCGGCCAAUAUUUUUGGACCAGUGGCAACGAUUUGAUAGCAGAGGGUCAAUUUAUGUCGCUCAGCACGGGACGUCCCUUGUCUUAUGCGAGGUGGACGGCUGGAGAACCGGAUAAUGCAAACAACAAUGAGAGUUGUAUACAUCUCUGGACGAACUUUGAGACCGUCUUUAAAAUGAAUGACAUGCCGUGUACCGCAGAUGGCUAUGCGAUUUGUGAGCGGCGGAAACCGCCAAAUCCUUGUGGAUUAGGGAAUUCUGAAAAUAUGCUUCCCAAAUGUGCAGCAAAAAGACUUAUGCAAGCCUACCUGCAAGCUGCAAAUAUUUUCAACUGCAAGGACCAAUGAAAAUUGGCAAAAGGAAAAGCAGUUAACGAAGUAUAAUUGAAAUUCUAAUUUGAAAUUUAAUGCAAGCUCUGAAAUAUAUCUGGUUAACUUGGCUAAGAAAAUUGUGUAGCAAAAUUAUAAAAGAAAGCAAAAAUGUUAAAA